CCAGAGCCGGGCGACCAGCAGGUCCUGGCGGAAAGUUGUCAGCCACCGCCCCCCUAGUCUGCCUUCCUCCUCGCCUCUCCACCCGUCUCCGGGCGAUACGCGGAGGGGGUGGGGUGGUUGGGGGGACUGGCCUAGUGUUUUGGAACAGCUGCAGCCGGCGCUGGGCCCGCCUGGAAUGCGGGAACAGGCUGCGCACCAGGACUUUUAUGGAAACUUGCUGCUGGAGACGGCGGCGGCGGCCAGAGGGCUCCCAGCGGCUAGAGCAGCAGCGGCGGCGGCGGCGGCGCCCAGACCCCUGCCCACACCCAGGCGCAGGACCGCACAGCCUCUCCGCGCAGCCGAGGACAGUCGCUUGUCGUGGGCUCCAGGCGGGUGCGAAAAUAUACAAGACUUCAUAAUCACCCCAAGACCACAUAGAAGGAACAUGAAUGAUAUUUCCCAAAAGGCUGAGAUUCUGCUUUCUUCGUCUAAACCUGUCCCAAAAUCCUAUGUGCCAAAACUUGGCAAAGGUGAUGUAAAGGAUAAGUUUGAAGCCAUGCAGAGAGCCAGGGAAGAAAGAAAUCAAAGGAGAUCUAGAGACGAAAAGCAAAGAAGAAAAGAACAAUAUAUUAGAGAGAGAGAAUGGAACAGGAGAAAGCAGGAGAUUAAAGAAAUGCUUGCUUCUGAUGAUGAGGAAGAGGUAUCUUCUAAAGUAGAAAAGGCUUAUGUUCCAAAGCUAACAGGAACUGUUAAAGGUAAAUUUGCUGAAAUGGAGAAACAAAGACAAGAGGAACAAAGGAAGAGAACAGAGGAGGAACGAAAACGCAGAAUUGAGCAGGAUAUGUUAGAAAAGAGGAAGAUACAACGUGAAUUAGCAAAAAGGGCCGAGCAGGAAGGAGAUGAUUCACUACUUAUAACAGUGGUACCUGUCAAACCACACAAAACAUCUGGAAAAAUAAAAAAGAAUUUUGAGGAUCUAGAAAAAGAUCGAGAAGACAAAGAAAGUGUCAAGUAUGAAGAAGAUAAAAGAAUAAGAUAUGAAGAACAACAACGAUCUCUCAAAGAAGCCAAGUGUCUUUCACUGGUCAUGGAUGAUGAACUGGAUAGCGAGGCAAAAAGAGAGUCAAUUUCUCCUGGGAAACUAAAACUAACUUUUGAAGAAUUAGAAAGACAAAGACAAGAAAACCGAAGGAAGCAAGCUGAAGAAGAAGCAAGACAACGUUUAGAAGAAGAGAAGCGUGCUUUUGAAGAAGCAAGGCGGCAAAUGGUAAAUGAAGAAGAGGAAAACCAAGACACAGAAAAAAUUUUUAAAGAGUACCGCCCUGGUAAACUCAAACUCAGUUUUGAAGAAAUAGAAAGACAAAGGAGAGAAGAGGAAAAACGGAAAGCAGAAGAGGAAGCCAGAAGGAGAAUAGAGGAAGAAAAGAAGGCAUUUGCUGAGGCAAGGAGAAGCAUGGUAGUAGAUGAUGACUCCCCAGAGAUGUAUAAAACAAUAUCUCAAGAAUCUCUUACACCGGGAAAACUGGAAAUUAAUUUUGAAGAAUUAUUAAAACAAAAAAUGGAAGAAGAAAAACGACGAACAGAGGAGGAACGGAAGCAUAAGUUAGAAAUGGAAAAACAGGAAUUUGAACAACUGAGACAAGAAAUGGGAGAGGAAGAGGAAGAAAAUGAAACCUUUGAACUGAGCAGGGAAUACGAAGAAUUAAUCAAAUUGAAAAGGAGUGGCUCUAUUCAAGCUAAAAAUCUAAAAAGCAAGUUUGAAAAAAUUGGACAAUUGUCUGAAAAGGAAAUACAGAAAAAGAUAGAAGAAGAACGAGCAAGAAGGAGAGCAAUUGACCUUGAAAUUAAAGAGCGUGAAGCAGAAAACUUUCAUGAGGAAGAAGAUGUUGAUAUCAAGCCUGCAAAAAAAAGCGAGGCUCCAUUUACUCAUAAAGUGAAUAUGAAAGCAAGAUUUGAACGAAUGGCUAAGGCAAGAGAAGAGGAAGAACAAAGAAGAAUUGAAGAACAAAAGUUACUACGCAUGCAGUUUGAACAAAAGGAAAUUGAUGCAGCACUACAAAAGAAAAGAGAAGAGGAAGAAGAAGAAGAGGGUAGCAUCAUGAAUGGCUCCACUAUUGAAGAUGAAGAGCAAACCAGAUCAGGAGCUCCGUGGUUUAAAAAGCCUCUAAAAAACACAUCGGUUGUAGACAGUGAGCCUGUUAGAUUUACUGUUAAAGUAACAGGAGAACCCAAACCAGAAAUUACAUGGUGGUUUGAAGGAGAAAUAUUGCAGGAUGGAGAAGACUAUCAAUAUAUUGAAAGAGGAGAAACUUACUGCCUUUAUUUACCAGAAACUUUCCCAGAAGAUGAAGGAGAGUAUAUGUGUAAAGCAGUCAACAAUAAAGGCUCUGCAGCUAGUACCUGUAUUCUUACCAUUGAAACUGACGACUACUAGCUUCCCUUCCCUCUCCCUGGAACACUCUCUCCCUCCAACUUUCUUACUACAUCUUUUCUGUGGCGGGGCCAAAAAAGGAAACCAGAAGUGCUACUGUUGACUUCUUAUUCCUUUCCUAACAGUCUUCAAAACACGAGCUUGUCUAAAGAAUACCUUCUUCCUUUCCAAUGAGCAUCAGAUUCACUGCCAUAUUAUCCAAUAGAAGUUAAUGUGUAUUUAACGGAGAAAGUAGGAAAUUUACUCAAUUAUUGUAUCAGAACCUAUUACAAAGGCUAUGUAUUUCCCAUAAGUUUACAGCAAUUAU